GUGAGCGGGCGGCGCGGCAGGGGCCGGAGCCCCGGGGUGCCACCCUGAGCCCACGCCGCCACGGGGGAGCCCCUGCGGGACUCCCCGGGGGAAGGAGGUGUGCGGUGUGCGGCGGGACCGGCGCGCCUCGGGGCGGCGGCGGAGCUGUCCCUGGGGGCAGGUGGCGGCGGGCACCCCCGGCGGGGUGGGCUGCGGGCCGCGGGGCUCGGCCGUGGGGGGGGGGAGGCUGCGGGCGGCCCGGGGCAGGUUCCGCGGGGAGGAGGCGAGAGAGGGAGGGCGCUGGGAGGCUGGGACACGGGCAGGGUGCGGUCCUGGCGGUUCCCGGUCCCGGAUCUCUUCAAUUUCCCCUCUCACUCCUGCUCGGGGAGCGCAGGCAGCGGCGGCUCCGGCUCCGGCUCUAGCCCCGCCACGCUGACCGCCGGGGCGCAAACCGCGGGGGGCUCCAGCAGCGCCGAGCCCCGCGCCCCGCAAGCGCCCGCUCGCCUGCCAAAACAAACGGCCCUUCGCUAUUUAUUGCCGCCGCCGGGCCACGGCAGCUCAUAGCGGGCCGACGCCAGCCCGCCGCACCGGGCAGCCAGAGCGCACCCGCGCCGGGCAGCCGCCGCACCCCGCCGCUACCGGCACCGGCACCGGCACCUGCCCGCCGCCGGCUGCGCGCCGCAUGGGGAGCCCCGGGGCGGGCGGAGGGAGCGGCGGCAGAGCCUAGCGGGGCCCCCGGAGCCGCCGGUCCCCCGGGCCGCCCCGGAGCCGCCGGGCUCGCCAUGAAGCCGGCGCGGCUGCUGCUGCUGCUGAGCGGGUACGCGCUGCUGCUGGCGCCGGCCGUGCGCUGCUGCGGGCCGGGCAGGGUGGUGGGCAGCCGCCGCCGCCCGCCCCGCAAGCUCAUCCCGCUCGCGUACAAGCAGUUCAGCCCCAACGUCCCCGAGAAGACGCUGGGGGCCAGCGGCCGCUACGAGGGCAAGAUCGCGCGCAACUCGGAGCGCUUCAAGGAGCUGACGCCCAACUACAACCCCGACAUCAUCUUCAAGGACGAGGAGAACACUGGAGCCGACCGGCUCAUGACCCAGCGCUGCAAGGACCGCUUGAACUCCCUGGCCAUCUCUGUCAUGAAUCAGUGGCCAGGGGUGAAGCUGCGCGUGACGGAGGGCUGGGACGAAGACGGGCACCACUCAGAGGAGUCGCUGCAUUACGAGGGCCGAGCCGUCGACAUCACGACCUCAGACCGGGAUCGUAACAAGUAUGGCAUGCUGGCUCGCCUGGCCGUGGAGGCUGGCUUCGACUGGGUCUACUACGAGUCCAAGGCACACAUCCACUGCUCCGUCAAGUCAGAGCACUCGGCCGCUGCGAAGACAGGCGGCUGCUUCCCUGGGCGGGCACUGGCAACGCUGGAGGAUGGUGUGCGGACACCGCUGUGGGCCCUGCGCCCGGGCCAGCGGGUGCUGGCAAUGGACGAGGCAGGCAGGCCCACCUACAGCGACUUCCUGGCUUUCCUGGACAAGCAGCCCCGUGCCCUCACCUCCUUCCACGUCAUCGAGACGCGGGAGCCGCCGCGACGCCUGGUGCUGACGCCCACCCACCUGCUCUUUGUGGCUCACAACUCCUCGGCGCCCGCCGCCCGCUUCCACCCCACAUUUGCCAGCCAAGUGCGCCCCGGACACUUUGUGCUGGUGGCGGCCGGGGGCGGUGGCCUGCAGCCCGCCGAGGUGGUGGCGGUGCGGGACCGCAGGGAUGUGGGGGCCUAUGCCCCGCUGACGCGCCACGGGACGCUGGUGGUGGACGGUGUGGUGGCCUCCUGUUUCGCCCUGGUGCAGGAGCAACAUCUGGCACAGCUGGCCUUCUGGCCGCUUCGGCUCUACCACAGCCUGGUGGGGUGGCCAGGGGUACAGGGGGACGGCGUGCACUGGUACUCGGGGCUGCUCUACCGCCUGGGAAGGCUGCUCCUGCCUCCCGACAGCUUCCACCCGCUGGAGGUACCCCCGAUGGAGAGCUGAGGGUGCGCCCCGGCCAGUGCUGCUGGUGGAGGUGGUGACUGCAGGGCAGCGCACCGGGGGCCAGCACCCCCUCCCAAAGCUGGGUGCCCAUGUAGAGCUGCCUCCAGCACUGCCUGCUUGGGACACAGCCACCUCCCAGUUGGGGAGCACUGGGGCUGCCUGGUGUGCCUCCUCCAUGCCCACCACUCCCUCCUCACCCCCUGUUCCUUGGUGCAGAGGGAAGGCACAAAGGGUUCCCCUCAAACAUGGGGUUACCCCCGGCUGGAUCCACAUGCUGCUAUUUGUGUGUGUGUGCGUGAUGUACGUGUGCGUGUGCAGAACUGGCUAAGGACAGAGGUCUGGUAGGCCAGGGGGAGAGGGAAGAGGAGACAGGCCUUGGCUGCAGGCUGCUCCCGCAGGGCUCCCUGCCUGCCUGCACACAGUGGAGAGGCUUUGGGAGAAGGGCCCCAGGGCCCUUUGCUGGGCAGCCCAGGAGGGAGGGCAGGUGAUGCCAUUCCCACCCCUCGGACAUGGAAGCUGGGAAGAGGGUGAUUUAGGUACUGGGACUGUGCCUUGCCCUUAGGCCCUGACUAUGGGUGUAAGGGGGCACCCAAACCCAGUCCUUAUGUGCCUGGGAUGCCCAAGCAUUGGAAGGGCAGGCAUGAAACUCCAGAGUUGGUGACACAAAUGCUGCUGGAGCAAGGGACUCUGUAGUGGGACCCAAGCUCUGCUCAAAGCCAGUAUUGUACCCACCUGGCCAGACAUACCCAUGGGCAUGCUGUGACCUCAUGGGGGGGCUCUAGCUGGCAAGAGGGGGCUGCAGAGGCACGGGUGUGGGCAGGAAGGUGCAGGUGUCAGCCAGGCAUGGGCACACACUGAUAGGGAGAGCUGGGGCUGCAGCCCGAUGUGGGGAAGGAAAGCAUCGUGGGAGAAAAGUGCUCCCCCCUUUGCCUUCAUGCAUCCUGCCCUGAGCUGUCUGAACCCACAGAUGUGCCUUUCCCACCCCAAAGCUAAACCAUUCCUCAAGCUCCAGACCCUGCCUGGCCCAUCCUCCCUGACCCCCCCAGCACCCCAAACCCUCAGGGUAACUCAUUGCUGCUCACCCACUCCCGGGACCUGGGGGGAAUUCUGUCAGAGCUGCAGCCACGCUUCCCCUUUCAAACUCCUGUCCAGAGUCUCAGCCUCCCCUGGCUCCACAUUGGCAGGG